UCUACACGUGGGCUGCUGUCGGUGUUCUGGCCCGUAAUUCUUCUGUUGGCGUGGAGCAGCGACAUCGAAGGACAGAGUGGCAGCAGAGAUCAAGGGUCGUGAGCUGAUGGAGUUUGCUGCUGAAAAUGCAGAGUCGUCGGGAGGUGGUCUCCUGAGUGUAGCUGAGGGGGCGCGGUUAAGUCCCAAGUCGGCCAGGGAGGAAGUCAGGGACUUAGCAGGGAUGGAGAAGGCCGGCGGUGGAGAGGAGGGGAAUGGACUAACAGGAAUGAUGAAGACAGGAGAGGGAGAGAAAGGAAGUGGACAAAGGGCAGGAGCGAUGGGCAUGGACUUAACGGUUGUGAAACAAGAAGUUAUGGACUGGCCAGAAAUAGAAGGCACGUUGGAUGGCCAGUGGGUAAAGCAGGAGGUGGAGGAUAGGCCUGAGGUGAAGGAUGAGAAAGCAGGCAUAUUGGAGGUGAAGCAGGAGAUGCAGAGUGGUUGGGCGAUAAAAGAGGAGAAGAUGGAUGAGCCAGAGGUAAAGGAAGAGAAAGUGAAGGUGAAGGAAGAGGUAAUGGACUGGCCAGAAGUGAAGGAAGAGAGGAAGGAUAACUUGGAGAUAAAAGAGGAGGAGGUGUUUGUCGGUCAGAACAUAAAAGAGGAGGAGAUGAUGGAUGGAGUGCUUGUAAAAGAAGAGAAGGAUUUCCUGAAGAAAGAAGUGCUGGAUGAUACAAAGGUGAAAGAAGAGCCUCAGAUAAAUCACCCGGUGGGCUGCAAGCGGAAACUGGCCAUGUCAAGGUGUGAAACUUGUGGUACGGAAGAAGCAAAGUACAGAUGUCCACGUUGUAUGCGAUAUUCCUGCAGUUUGCCCUGUGUAAAGAAACACAAAGCAGAACUGACGUGUAAUGGAGUUCGAGAUAAAACUGCUUAUGUUUCAAUACAACAAUUCACCGAAAUGAAUCUCCUGAGUGAUUAUCGAUUUUUGGAAGAUGUGGCAAGAACAGCAGACCAUGUUUCUAGAGAUGCUUUCUUGAAAAGACCAAUAAGCAAUAAACAUAUGUACUUUAUGAAAAAUCGUGCGCGAAGACAAGGUAUUAACUUAAAACUUCUACCCAAUGGAUUCACCAAGAGGAAAGAGAAUUCAACAUUUUUCGAUAAGAAAAAACAACAGUUUUGUUGGCAUGUGAAGCUCCGAUUUCCUCAAAGUCAAGCUGAAUAUAUAGAAAAAAGAGUACCAGAUGAUAAAACUAUUAAUGAAAUCCUAAAACCUUACAUUGAUCCUGAAAAGGCUGACCCUGUAAUCCGUCAAAGGUUAAAAGCCUACAUUCGCUCUCAGACUGGGGUCCAAGUCUUAAUGAAGGUUGAAUAUAUGCAACAAAAUUUAGUAAGAUAUCAUGAACUAGAUCCCUAUAAAAGUCUCCUAGACAAUUUGAGAAACAAAGUAAUCAUUGAGUACCCAACAUUACAUGUGGUAUUGAAAGGAUCCAGUGAUGACAUGAAAGUUCUUCACCACGUGAAAAGUGAAUCUACCAAGAAACUUGGCAAUGAAAAUUAAGCGCUUUUUCUGUGGAAGAAGGUGAAAAUUUCCAGACAGUUGCAGAGGACUAUGCAUUGAUGGGCUAUUGGAUGAUUAGG